ACAAGAUAUGGUUUUAUUUUAUUUAUUCUCUUCAUAAUUAACAGAGAAUCGUUAUGGCUAAGUUUGUAAACUGUCCAUCUAACAUCCAUGCAUAUUGCUUAUCACUGCCAUAUGCCAUAUGCUAUUCUUGUGAAGAUAUGGUUCAGUCUCUUUUCAACCAAAUGACAAUUGUAAUGAGAAAAGACAGCUCUAUUUGGGUAUAACCCAAUACCAACUUUAGUAUUAUCCAUUGGACUAAAUGUUCAAACAUAUUAACUAUGAUGGUUGCUAAAGAGUGUGUAAUAAAAUUGUAGAAGGAAAACAGAUAAAGACUUGAAACUAAGAACUGUUUCUUGAAGAACCCAUUAAAGAAGGAAUGAUGUUCUCUAUGAUGUUUCUUGGAAUCUUCAUAGAAAGUUUUCCAAGUAUGUGUUAAGAUCAAUGAAGCAUACGGGGAUUGGUCCCAGAAAAGAGGGUUAUUUGUUUAUAUAUUUUUUAUUUUAUAGAUUAUGGUAUAGCUUUAGAGCAAAGGAAAGCUUCUUAGUAACUUCACCCUCGUCCAGUCCAAGAGAAAACAGUAAAAAUAAAUAAAUAACUACUACUUGCAGGAUUUUGUAUUCAAAACUGGUCAUCAUUGACAUUGAAUGCCAAUUCUGGCCAGAGAAGAGAGAGAGAGAGGGAGGGAGAGCCAAUUAACAUUACAUGACAAAAAAAUCACAUCAUGGGCAUAACAUGCAUGAAUUCAGAAGAAGAAAAAAACAUACAUAAACUCCCCUUGAUACCCUAUAUAUUGGUAAGUUGUAUUAGUCUAAGAGGGUCCCAAUAGAAUUUAUUUCUUUUGUAUUUUUACUUUGGUUUCAUUCUUUUCUAUGUUGUUUUGAAAGCUCAUGGCAUGCUUAGACAUGUAUAAUUCCGAGCACAAAAGUCAUCAUCACUGCCCCCCAAUGAGUCCAAGAAUCUCUUUCUCAAAUGAUUUUGUUGAGACUCAACAGAUUAUGAAGCAAGAAAGGAACUCGAGAGAAUCUCCUCCAGUGUCCUCAGACUUUGAAUUCUCAGUGUCAAACUAUUCCAUGAUGAGUGCUGAUGAGCUUUUCUUUAAGGGUAAGCUGUUGCCAUUUAACGAUAAUUGCAGCAAUCAAAUGCAAAGGACAUUGAGAGAAAAGCUUCUUGCUGGGGACGAUGAUGAUGAUGAUAAUGUAACAUUGACCCCUCCUAAGGGUUCCACAAGGUGGAAGGGGUUUCUGGGUCUCAAGAGAACCCACACUGGUUCCAAAAAAGUUGACAAGAAUGAAGGUUCUAUGGAGAAAAUGGGUGACAGUAAAAGGUCUGCUUUUGUUCAUGAGGAACUUUUAUCUGAAGGAGGACCAAAUUGCAGGAAUGUGGAGAUUGGGAUAUAGUUACAAUUCUUGAAGGGGUUCAGAACUUGUAGAAAUGUGGAACAUUUUUUAUUUUUUGAAAAAAAAAAGGUUUGUGGGGCUGCUUUAAAUCUUUUUUCCCCUUCAUUUGGGAUUUAGUUUUCUUAUUUUUCAUUUGUUUUUCUCAAAGGAUUUGGUGUUUAGGUGUUUCUUUGCGCAAAAUGUUUGCAGUUUAAGAAGUUCCUGUAAUGUUCAGCAAUUGGUAGAUCUCUAUUAAGUCAUGGUUUUAU